AUGGGCGAUGGAAAAAUGAUCCCACACAAUGGCCAGAUGUUCAAUGAAUAUCCUGAUAAUUCCUACCUCAUAAAUACGCCAGACUUUCUGUACAGUUUUAGUGUGUUUGUCACAUUUGUACUUUGUAGAUCUGUGUACCAGCUGACUCAGCUUUGUGUGCCUCACCUGAUCAAGACCAAAGGCUCCAUCGUCAACAUAUCCAGCAUCAACAGCGAAAGAGCAUUCCCUGGAGUCCUCGCUUACUGCAUGUCCAAAACUGCCCUCGAUCAUUUCACCCGCUGUUUAGCAUUAGAACUGGCACCAAAGCAAGUGAGAGUGAACUCUGUUCGCCCUGGUGUGAUCAUUACAGAAGUCCACAAAAGAGCAGGAAUGGAUGAGAAGGAGUAUGCUAAGCUCCUAGCUGAGUGUAAGCAGACCCACGCCCUCGGUCGACCUGGUGAAGUAGAAGAAGUGGCCCAAAGCAUUGCCUUCCUGGCAUCAGAUGCUGCCAGCUUCAUCACUGGAGUCAACCUGCCCAUUGACGGAGGCCGUCACGCCAUGUGUCCCUUUUAAAAUCUCUGUAAGAUGUGUGUCUACUUACUGCCCUAAUAUAGUACUUGAACCCAAGA